GCGUCAGCUCAGUGUUCACUUUCAGGAAGAAGAUCGACUUCGACUCCGUGCUUGCGAUCGCGAGAUCAAGCGUGCGCGCCGUAGGCCAUACCAGCACCGUCUGGAAGCUCGCCUUUCAGAUCGGGGCGCGCUAUCACGGGGUGCGGAGACGCCGGUUUAACCUGAUCCCAACUUACGCCCCGACGUUGCAAGAGCGGCAGGACACGCUGGAGUCCGACGCUAAGGGGGGGGGCUUCUCUGCUGUUCGCCUACGCGGACCAGGCAUUCCUCGCAGCGUGGCUUUGGCCUCGAGAGAGAUUGAUGACCCAGAUGGGGAGUGGAAGGAUCUGCGAGGGCGACCUGGAUCGGCCGCCUACGACGACUGGACGAACACGCUGCAGCGUCUUGAGAAGGCGGCCAGGCGCAGGUACUCCCCCCCGCACUCCGCCCCCAGCGAGGUGUGGCUCAUGGCGAUGAGGGCUGCUACUCGAGAAGCGCGAGGCGAACCAGCUGAUGAAGACCCUCUCGAGCGACGGCAGCGAGUUCAGGUCCCUUGUCCACGACUGGCUGAGCGCAUCUUUGAGAUUCAGAGGCAGAUUCGGAAUACGUGUCGCACUCCCUACCAGUGGCACUGGUCCAAAACGUUCCAGUUGAGCAAGGGCAAUGGCAAGAGAGGCGCCAAGGCGAUGAGACUCAUACACUGCUACUGCCCGUUCGGCAAGGCUUGGUACAGAGGCAUUUUUGUUCGACAUGAGCGCCCGCGACUUCCAUUACACGCACAUGGAUAUGCAGCGCACAGGUCGAGGCAGAACGCGCAGUUGGUUGCUAAACCUCACUCUUGGAGAUUACGAAAGAAGCUCGUCUCCCACUUGCAGAUCAAAAAAGACAUGAGCAACGCGUUCCCUUCGACAGAUCACGACAUGCUGGAGCAGGUGAUUGGGGAAGUGAUUCCCGACAUGCAGGACCAACUCUUCUUGCAGCAGAGGCAUCGUGAGGCGGUCAUCGAGGUUGAGGCAGGCGAUGAGAAGGGCUUCUUCCAACCCUCCCACGGCUCGGGCAUGGGCGACGGCAGCGCGUGCGAGCUGUUCGUGCGGUCGUUCGUCAAGCCGCUGGAGGCGUGGAACCAGAUCCUCUUGCAGGGCACCCAGGCCACCUUGGAUACAGCGAGCGGCGGCUCCGUGCCGAUGAUGGAGGCGGCGGCGCUGAUUGACUCGCCCAUCCACUCUGAGCAGAUCGACAUUUCCAUGCGCGACUACGCCGAUGACGUAUCGCAGACCCUGCCGCUGCCGAAUGGCAACCCCGUCCACGCAGCGGAGAGGGCAAAACUGUCGUCUCGUAUCUUGUCAGAUCAGCUCGAGGAGAUAGGAGGGUUUACUCAGAAUGUGGACAAGGAGAUCAUCCUCCCAGUUUUUGUGGGCCCAGGAGGAUACACGGCCACGAGGGCCGCGCUCUCAGGACUCGUCCAGUUCCCAGGGCAAACUCGGGCUGAAACCGUCUACCUCGGAGGGCUUGAACAUCUGACGGGCGGUUCGGGGGCUGAAGUUAAACUACGUGUCGACGCUGCGCGCUCUGCCUGGACCAAGCUCGGGAGGUUCUGGAACCAGCACUCGUCUUUGAAGCUUAAGAGGAUGGCUUUCUUGGGAAUUAUCCACAGCGCGGCCUACUCGGGCCUCGAGGUCUAUAUCCUAGGUAAGAAGGACUAUGCCAAGCUUGACUCGGUGAUCUUGGGAUUCGCGAAGGUGGCGAUGAGGGGCGUUGCCAAGAGAGUAGGGCCAGAGGGAGAUAGGAUUCGGACACCUUCGGCGAGAGUCAUUCACAAGUGGUUGCGCAUCGCUGGCUCGAGGACUGAGCUCUUGAUCAGACGCCUCGGCUACUGGCAGCGCCUUGCAGUGUACCCCGCCGAUUCGGUUCAGGUCGUUGCGGCGCUCUUCGGGCACUUCUCUUCGCUGGGCGAGUCUCCGACGUUCACCCCCGAUGGUUGGAUUCGGUCUGGCGCUAAUCCGUGGGCCCUCCAGCUCCAGCAGGAUAUCAAGCUCCUCUCGGUCAUCCCCCCUGGGCACCAGUUCCUGGCGAGAGGCUAUUCGAUUCGGGACAUCUUCACGAACUACCGUGUUGCGUGCCACUUCAGGAGCGUGAGUCUCAAGGGUUUUCGGAAGGCCUAUUGGGAGCAGGAACAUGAAG